AGUUUGCUUCGACUCCAAGGUUUCGCUGCGGCCGCCCGGAGCUCUUAUCAGCAGCGGAAAUGCCAUCACACAAGACGUUCCGGAUCAAGAAGAAGCUGGCGAAGAAGAUGAGGCAGAACAGGCCAAUUCCUCACUGGAUCCGCCUGCGGACGGACAACACCAUUAGGUACAACGCGAAGCGCAGGCAUUGGCGUCGAACCAAGUUAGGGUUUUGAGGUUGCGCCUGAUCCACCCGUUUGCC